UCGUGACACAGCAUCUGUCAAGUAACAGUAACAGCAUAAAUUCUCAGAGAAACGCCAAAGCCAAACUCUGAACCAAUUGUACAAUCACGGUUAUUGAUUGUAUGUUUGUAGUGUAGUAGUACAGUGGAGAGUUCACACACUUCCAUCUCUCUCUCCCCGCCUUUAUAAACCCACUCUCACCUGCAACUCUCUUCGUUUCCUCUCUUUCUCUCUCUACAUAAUAACACCCACCACCAGAAAAGAGAGGGAAAUCUUCCCGCCAAAAUACCUACCCAUUUCAUUUCUUUUACUUUCUUCUUACUCUAUUGCACCCCUUCUAACUUCAAUUAUUAUUAUUCUUUCUGUUAAUAUGGUGUCCGUACAUCCGGUGAAGUUUUCAGAACACGUGCUUCGAACCAACAAGUUUGUUAAAAAACCGGAUCCCCCAGACGAACCGUCCACCACCAGAACGACGUCGUUUAACCACAAAAUCGUCAGGAUCACGCUAACCGAUCCGUACGCAACAGAUUCCUCCGGUGAUGAACUCAUCGUCACACGAGUAAAAAAACACGUCUCCGAAAUCAACUUCAAACACGAUCACCGUAACAAACGUCACGUGAGGAGCACGUCCUCGCCGGAGAAAACGUUCCAGAUCAACUUUAAACACGAUCACCGGAAAAAACGUCACGUGAGGAGCACGUGCUCGUCGGAGAAAAAGUUCCGCGGCGUCAGACGGCGCCCGUGGGGCCGUUACGCGGCGGAGAUCCGUGAUCCGUUACGUCGGAAACGUCUCUGGCUCGGAACGUUCGAUACGCCGGAGGAAGCUGCGACGGUGUAUGAUCAAGCCGCCGUGAAAUUGAAAGGUCCAGCCGCCGUAACGAACUUUGGUAAAGCUCGAAACGACGCCGUUGCAAACUUCGUUGCCGGAGAAGACGUUACGAUGUUACAAAGUUCUGUAAACGACGCCGUUUUCUCUCCGACUUCUGUUUUACCGUUUAAUGAUGAGUUAACGCUUGUGGAUGGUUUCGGUUACGGAGAUAUGGGCGGUUUUGGGUUUGAUUUGGAUAUUCCGUUUGAUUUGCCGGAAUUUGUGGCGUCUGGAAGUUACUGUGGGGAUGAGUUUGGGGAGGUUGACCUUGAUGAUUUUCUUGUUGACGUGAGGGAUAUUAUUUAAUAUUACUAAAUAAUAUUAAUUAAUUAAUUAAGUUAGAUUUAAAAGUCGGUUGUUAUUUAACGUAAAUGAGUAAAGCAGGGUAGUUUUGUGUGUGGGGUAUGGAUGUUGUGGAAUGUUUUAGUGUAUUUAAUUUAGUGAUUAUUUUUGUGUAAUUAUUAUUAAUAUUAAUAUUAGUAAAUCUCGUUGUGGAAAA